CCACUUCUGAUCGCUUUCCGGUAGCCAUUGUUGCUUUCACUUCGGAACUUCCCAACCCCAAAUUCUCAUCUCUUCGAAUCGAUCCGAUACAUAUAGAAACCGAGAGGGGGUAGAGCCGUCGGAGUGCUCGAAGGGGGCGAGGAUGUCGCUGCGACCGGGGACGCGGGCGGAGGUGCGGAAAAAGUCGUACAAGGCCGGGGUGGACGUCGACGAGGGGCGGCGGCGGAGGGAGGGGAACCUGAUCGAGAUCAGGAAGAGCAAGCGCGAGGACAGUCUCACCAAGAAGAGGAGGGAGGUGCUCCUCCAGGCCGCGCAGCAGGCGAUCGGCGAGCCACCCGCCCUCUCUCCGUCUGGGGUCGACAAAAAGAUAGAAAACCUCCAGGGAAUGGUGCAGGGGGUAUGGUCUGAAAAUCCCAAUACACAAUUGGAAGCAACUACUCAGUUCAGGAAGCUGUUGUCAAUUGAGCGGAGCCCUCCAAUUGAAGAGGUCAUUAAGGCAGGUGUUGUCCCACGUUUUGUGGAAUUUCUUUCACGGCAUGAUCUGCCACAACUGCAGUUCGAGGCUGCAUGGGCACUGACCAAUGUAGCUUCUGGAACUUCUGAGCACACACGAGUUGUCAUUGAGCAUGGUGCAGUUCCAAAGUUCAUAGAACUUCUUAGUUCUCCAAAUGAUGAUGUUAGAGAACAGGCUGUAUGGGCACUUGGUAAUGUAGCUGGUGAUUCACCAAGUUGCAGAGAUCUUGUUCUGAGUCAUGGGGCACUUCUUCCAGUAAUGGCUCAACUAAAUGAGUAUUCAAAAAUAUCAAUGCUGAGAAAUGCCACAUGGACGUUAUCUAACUUAUGCCGCGGGAAGCCUCCAGCACCAUUUGAACAGACCAAACCAGCGAUUCAGAUACUUCGGCAUCUUAUUCAUUCAAGUGACGAAGAGGUUCUAACAGAUGCUUGCUGGGCCCUCUCUUAUCUUUCUGAUGGAACAAAUGACAAAAUCCAAUCUGUCAUAGAGACAGGUGUUUGUCCAAGACUUGUGGAGCUUCUGCUUCAUCCAUCACCUACAGUUCUUAUUCCUGCCCUGAGGACAGUUGGGAACAUUGUUACUGGAGAUGAUUCACAGACUCAGCUAGUUAUAGAGAAAGGUGCUCUCCCUUGUCUAUUUCAACUCCUUACACAAAGUCACAAAAAGAGCAUUAAAAAAGAAGCUUGCUGGACAAUUUCCAACAUUACAGCAGGGAAUAGAGCUCAGAUCCAGGCUGUUAUUGAUGCAAAUAUUAUCAGUCCUCUGGUACAUCUACUUCAACAUGCAGAAUUUGAUAUCAAGAAAGAGGCUGCAUGGGCUAUAUCAAAUGCCACUUCUGGCAGUUCCAAUGAGCAGAUUCAUUAUUUGGCGAGCCAGGGUUGCAUCAAGCCUCUAUGUGAUCUUCUUGUCUGCCCAGACCCUAGAAUUGUGACUGUAUGCCUUGAAGGACUAGAGAACAUACUCAAGGUCGGUGAGAUCGAGAAGGAUCUCGGCAAAUGUGGAGUAAACCCUUAUGCGCAGCUUAUCGAUGAAUGUGAAGGAUUGGAUAAGAUCGAGAAUCUGCAGGGUCAUGACAACAACGAGAUCUAUGAAAAGACCAUAAAGCUACUGGAGAGGUAUUGGGUCGAGGAAGAAGAUGAAGCACAGGAUGCACUAGGAUCUACUGAGGGUGCUGAACAUUCGUCCGAGGUCGCCAUCAGCCAACCCUCUGUCCCUUCUGGUGGCUUCAAAUUCAAUUGAUAAAUGUGAAGUCUGAUCAAAGACUAGGUUUUCCCCUUUCUUUAUCUUUCUUAAUCUGUGUGUAGAUCAUUCUUAUUCAACCAUCAGCCAUGUAGUUGACAUGCUUAGGGCUUACAUCUGGGUGAAAAAAACUGAAAGGCAAAUUUGUGGAUGCCUACCCUUUUGAUACGUUGGAUUUGUGGGUUUGUUCCAUCUGCAUUCCAAAGAAAUAAAAUUACUUAAUGUUUAAGAACAUUUAGUA